AUGACCGGCUCCUGUCUUCACAGUGGUCACGUCACUCCGCCAGCGCAAGUCCAGGAACGCAUGCCGCGAAAGAAGGAGAAGCAUAAUGUUCUAGAAAAUGUUCAAAAUGAUUGUGGAUUCGCCGUCACAUCAAAUCAUCCCAGCAGCGUCUGUAGCUGGAAUAAAACUCCGCUCCGCAACGCCAAUUUGAGCCCAGAAAUGCGCGGAGUUGAGCAAUUGACAACGGCCGAUGAUCAAAUUUACUACGGGGUUAUGGACAUACAAAUAUUCGGCGAUAGACCGACGCGACUGAGAAUGGGUGACACUAUGAAAGCUUGGCAAUAUUCUGCCAUCGACGGCAAGCUCGAAGAUUCUCUUGUUCUCAACGAAUCAGCGCCCAGGCCAAGCUCCUCAACCUUAAGCAAAGAUGAGCUCCUUGUCGAAGUCAUCAGCACAUCGCUCAACCCAGCAGACUACAAAGUCCCCGAGUCAACUCUAAUCGGACGUCUCAUGGUCGCACGCCCCGCUACGCCUGCCAUGGACUUCUGCGGCCGCGUUGUAGCCACACACCCCACAAAUUCCAGCUUUCAAGUCGGACAACUUGUAUUCGGUGGAUAUGCUGGCGUUGGGCAGAAAGGCACGUUGGCAGAGUACAUUGUCAUCUCAGGAACUCACUGUGCACCCCUCCCGGAAGGCAUUGACCCUGAUCUGGGCGCGGCGGUUGGCACGGCAGCGACAACAGCCUGGCAGUCUCUGAUACCGGAUACUCUGCAACCUGGCAGCAAGGUGUUUGUCAACGGAGGGAGCGGCGGUACAGGCACGUGGGCUAUCCAACUAGCGAAAGCCUUAGGCGUUGAGGUCGUCACGACGUGCUCUACCAAGAACAUCGAGCUCUGCCGAGAGCUUGGCGCGGAUGAAGUCAUUGACUAUAAGAAGGAUGACAUCGUGUCGAAGUUGAGGGAUCGGGGUAAGGUCUUUGAUCUCAUUAUCGACAACGUGGGCAACAGUACCGGGCUGUAUGACCGCAGCAGCGCCAUCUUGAAGCCUGGUGGGACUUUUGUCAUGGUGGGCGUCGGAGAAAGUCUGACGCUUUCAGGAUCGUUCUCGAUGUUGAGCAAAAUGAUUUGCGCAAAGAUUAUGGGCGGGCACCAAUUUUAUUUCGUGCGGAUGCAGAACAGCGCGGACUUCUUCCGACGAAUUGGCAAGUUGAUGGCACAGGGAGAAGCCAAGGCAGUAAUUGAUUCCACGUUUGACUCUCGACACGAUCUGCAUCUUUUGAAGUUCAAAAUCACUCGGCACUGCUCCCCUUCCUUCUCCGCUGUCUGGACUUAUCUUGAAUACCUAGCCCCUAUUUGGGGUCAAGCUCUUCCACUGCUACCCUGGGUGCCCGCGUCGGACAAGGAAGUGCUCCUUCUAAGAAUGGAGACGCCCGUUACUCAAGUUACCGGUCUUACGCAUAGUAGUCACUGCGACCCACACGUUGAAUCCGAGGACAUCCGCGCAAAGUCCCAUUUAAGCCCGGCGUGCGCCGUCCGCGGAAUGUCAGCAUCCAAUGACAACGCGCUCUACCCGAGGUCUAUCCAAAGAAUAAUGUUCGAUACACUCAUCAGUCACAUCACCUCUCACCUCAAACCGCGAUUCGCCUGGUCACCACGAGCUUUACAAGCUCAGAUCCCCAUCGCGAUGUCUCUGUCCCUUGCUCAAAACUGUGUCCCGAGCACCUUCGGCCCAGUCCUCUACGGAGCUGAGAUUUUGUCUCUUGAGGCGAACCUAGUCACCAACUACAGCGCCUCCGUCCCCGCAGCUUUCCGAUACACCUCCCCGGCCGUCCAACUGACGAACGCGACCUUUUGCAAUGUGACCAUCACGUAUACGCACCCGGGCCAGAACGACAACCUCGUCACCGAGGCAUGGCUUCCGGAAAACUGGAAUGAGAGGUUCAUGGCUGUGGGCGGAGGGGGCUGGGUCGCCGGCCGCUUCUUCUUGAGCUACAACGCAAUGAACGGAGCCAUUGCGGACGGUUUUGCGACCAUCACAACGGAUGCUGGCCUCGGAUCUGCGAAUGAGCCUAGUUCGUGGGCGUUGAACAGCCCUGGCAACGUCAACCUGUACAACUUGCAGAAUUUGGCAUCUGUUUCCCUCAAGGACGAGGCCAUUAUCGGCAAGUCUUUGAUCAAGAGCUACUACAGCCAGGACCCUCAAUACUCCUACUGGGCCGGCUGUUCCCAGGGUGGACGACAAGGACUCAUGCUUGCCCAACGCUACCCUGACAUCUACGAUGGCAUAGUAGCAGGCGCCCCGGCAAUCAACUGGAACAAGCUGGUGAGCUUCGUCUACUGGCCCCACCAAGUAAUGAACGAGCUUGGCGCGUUCCCUUACCCUUGUGAGUUCGACGCCAUCGUAAACAAAGCCACCUCCGAAUGCGAUCCUCUAGAUGGAGUCACGGACGGAGUCAUCUCCGACAUCGCAGCCUGCUUCAAGUCCUUUGAUCCUUUCUCCCUCGUCGGCCAAUCGAUCACCUGCGCCAAGAAAAAUGGAACUCAGCAGAUCAUCUCAGAAGCCGCUGCGACGGUAGUGAAUGCUACGUGGCACGGCCAUGUCACCGCGGAUGGCCAGCGGCCGUACCACGGUAUCUUGCCUGGAGCCGACUUUACGGGCAACAAGCCGACGUCCUUCAGUCAGCCGGGCAUUGUGAUGACGAGCUGCAACGAGAAAGGGUGCACAGAUGAACCAUCUAACCUCGGUACCGCCUGGUUCAAGCUUUUCAUCGCCAAGAAUGAGACCUUUGACUUGACAAAUAUGAGCCGCGAGGAGUAUGAUGCGCUGGUGUACUCUGGUCGCCAGCAAUAUGAGUCGAUUGUCGAGACCGCCGACCCCGAUCUGAGACAGUUCAAGGCAGCCGGAGGCAAGAUGGUGACUUUCCACGGUUUGGCUGACAACAUCAUCCCGCCCGGUGGUACCGAAGACUACUACAAGGCAGUGAACGAGGUCAUCCCUGAUAUCCAGGACUUCUAUCGCUACUUCGAGGCUCCCGGCUUGGGCCACUGCUUCGGCGGUGUGAGCGGCACCCCCACUGGCCUCUUCGAGCAGCUUCGCAACUGGGUUGAGAACGGCACCGCGCCUGACCAGACGCCUAUCCAGAUCUCUGUCGGCAAUGCGACGCACAACCGCAUCCUUUGCCCGUACCCCGAGAAGUCGAUCUUCAACGAUGGCUGCGGGGAUGCUUCCAAGGCCGAGUGCUGGUCUUGUUCCGAAAGCCUCGUCAAGUCCAACACCACCAAGAGGGCUGCACCAAUAUUCCACGGGCUUUAA